GGGUUGUUACCAGGCAGACAGCGUUUCCAACAUGGCAGCGUCAAGCAGCGCAGAGCAAACGCAGUUGCAAGACAUGGAGGAGGAAGAUGCAGGGAUGGAGGAGAGGGAGAUGGAAUCGGAAGAAGAGGAGGAGGAGGGCAUGGGAGUAGAAAAUUCAGACGAGGAAGAGGACGAUUCGUCGGAGGACGAGAAAGAAAACGAAGCCGAGAUCCAGCGGCUGGAGGAGCAGCUGUCAAUCAAUGCUUUCGACUACAACUGCCAUGUGGAUCUUAUCAAACUACUGAAGCAGGAGGGAGAACUUUUCCGUCUGCGAAAGGCAAGGCAGAAGAUGAGUGAGCUUUUCCCGCUCACUGAAGAGAUCUGGUUAGAUUGGCUCAAGGAUGAGAUCCGUCUGACUGAGGAGGAACCAAACCGAGAGAAAGUCUAUGAACUUUUUGAGAGAGCUGUGAAAGACUACAUAUGUCCAGAUAUCUGGCUUGAGUAUGCUCAGUAUUCAAUUGGUGGCAUGGGCUCACCAGGCGGGAUAGACAAGGUGAGAUCCAUCUUUGAGAGAGCUGUGACGGCUGUGGGGCUUCACAUGACCAAGGGACAGGCGGUGUGGGAGGCGUACAGAGAGUUUGAGAACGCCAUUCUGUCCACAGUGCAGCCUCCCCCUGGCAGGGUUCCCAGCCGUGAGGAGCAGGAGCUGCUGAAAACUCAGCUCGAGCGUAUCCAUACACUGUUUCGCCGCCAGCUGGCCAUCCCCUUAAUGGACAUGGAGGCCACCUAUGCAGAGUAUGAGGAGUGGUCUGAACAUGGGGUGGCUGAGACGGUCGUACAUCAGUACAAAAAGGCUGUGCAGCAGAUGGAGAAGUGCAAAUCUUUUGAAGAAUCUCUGAUCGUAGCAGAACCUCCUAAGCUGGCAGAGUAUCAGUCCUACAUCGACUUUGAACUAAAGGAGGGCGACCCAGCACGGAUCCAGAUCAUCUUUGAGAGGACCCUGGCAGAGAACUGCCUGGUACCAGACAUGUGGGCGAAAUACAACACCUAUCUUGAUCGUCAGCUGAAGAUCAAAGACUUGGUUCUCUCCUCUCAUGAACGCGCCGUCAGGAACUGCCCAUGGACCAUGGGUCUGUGGAAGAGCUACCUUCUCGCCCUGGAGAGACACGGAGCCGACCAUCAGACUGUCUCAGAUGUUUUUGAAAAGGCGCUGAAUGCAGGUUUCAUUCAAGCAACAGAUUAUGUUGAAAUUUGGCAGGCGUACCUCGACUACCUGAGGAGACGAGUGGAUUUCAGCAAAGAAUCAAGUAAAGAGUUGGAGGAGCUACGAGGAGCUUUCUCUCGGUCUCUCGACUACAUGAAACAAGAUGUUGAAGAAAGAUUUGGUGAAAGUGGAGAUCCAUCUUGUAUUAUAAUGCAGAUCUGGGCAAGGAUAGAGGCCCUCCACUGCAAGAACAUCCAAAAAGCCAGAGAGCUGUGGGACAGUAUCAUGACAAAAGGGAACGCAAAAUAUGCCAACAUGUGGCUGGAGUACUAUAACCUUGAAAGAUCUUAUGGAGACCCCGUUCACUGCCGGAAAGCUCUCCACAGAGCAGUUCAGUGCACCUCAGACUACCCUGAGCAUGUGAGUGAAGUCCUGCUCACGUUCGAGAGGGUGGAAGGCUCUUUGGAGGACUGGGACGUGGCAGUGCAGAAGACAGAGACCCGGCUGAACAGGAUUAAUGAGCAGCGAGCUAAGGUGGCUGAGAAAGAAGCCAACCUGGCUCGGCAGGAGGAGGAGAGAGCUGAUCAGCGGCGUAAGGCCAAAGCAGAGAAGAAGGCUCAGAAGAAGAUCCACAAGGGAGCUCGAGCGGGAGAGAAGAGGAGAGCAGAGCAGGAUGAUUAUAAUGAUGAGUGGAAUGAUGACUCAGAACAAGCUCCCAAAAGGCACAGAGGAAACGGGGACCAGACCACAGAGGAGUACAUGGAGACAGAGACAGGACUCUUUGGGAGGAACGCUCCCCCUGGCUAUAAGCCCGCUCCAGCUGGUAAUAAAAGAGCCCAGCAGGAAGCUGCGGCCGCUGCCCAGAGGCAGAACGAUGACAAGCCUGAGCUCCGCAAUGAUAACAGCAGCGUUUUCAUCAGCAACUUGGCGUACACCCUGCAAGAGCCAGAGGCGAAGCUCAGGACGCUGUUUGAGAGCUGCGGUCCCAUCAAACAGAUUCGCCCUGUCUUCGGCAACAAAGGGACCUUCAAAGGCUACUGCUAUGUACAGUUUGAAUCCCCGGUGUCGGUCCCUGAGGCCCUGAAGCUGGACAGACAGGAAGUGGAGGGCAGGCCCAUGUUUGUGUCACCUUGUGUAGACAAAAACAAAAAUCCUGACUUUAAGGUUUUUAAAUACAACACAUCUAUGGAGAAACAAAAAAUCUUCAUCUCUGGUUUGCCGUUUUCGUGCACUAAAGAGCAACUGGAGGAACUCUGCAAAAGUCACGGCACCAUCAAAGAAGUUCGUCUGGUCACGUAUCGCUCAGGAAAACCCAAGGGUCUGGCAUAUGUUGAGUUUGCAGAUGAGGCCCAGGCUUCUCACGCAGUUCUGAAAAUGGACGGGAUGGAUUUAGAGGGCAACAAAAUCUCUGUUGCUAUUAGUAACCCUCCUCGCAGGAACAUGAUGGAUAAAGCUGGUUCCAACAGAACGUCAGACAUGAUGCCUCGCCAGGUGUUUGGAUCGAGAGGCAGAGGACGCACCCAGCUCUCAUUACUUCCCCGCUCCCUGCAUCGACAAAGCGGGCCUGUGAGCAAAGUGAGGAAUGGGACUGCGGCUGAGCAGGCGCCAGCAACAGCAGCCAGCAGCGCGGCAGCCGGAGAGACGAAACCUUUGUCAAAUUCAGACUUUGCCAAGAUGCUUCUCAGCAAGUGAGAAGAUGAGCGAGAGAAUUAUGACUGCCUUCACACUGAAAGCCAUCUUGUGUCCUUACAAAUUAGUGUUGGUGAUUUUUCUGUAAUUGGUUACCCGGCUUCCCUUUAAUCUCUGUCUUGUUCUCAUCAUCCGUUCUGCGAGAUUUGCCUUAAUCGCCGAGCUCCUGCCCUCCAUCGGAAAUCCUUUUCUCAACCAAGACUUUUCGCCAGUGUGACAGAUCGUUUUCGUUUGGUUUGUUUGUUUGAAGGUGGCUGGCAGGCUAUUUUAUAUCAAAAGAAGUGUAUCAUAUUUGUGUGUAAAUAUACAGUAUCUAAAAUUGUA